AUGAGUGCAAAGCCUGUCGCGUUAAUUACGGCUGGCUCUGCAGGACUGGGAGCUGCUACUGCCAAGCUUUUCGCAAGGAGUGGCUUUCGUGUGGCCGUGAAUUUCAACAAUAACGAGGCGCGUGCAAACGAUCUAGUGCAGCAACUACGGUCCUCGACAGAAGAUGCAGAAGCCAAUGAUUUCAUAGCGCUUCGUGCCGACCUGGCAGACCGCGACGCCAUCUACAAGUUGGUAGAUGCUACUGUCGACCAUUUUGGGCGUUUGGAUGUAGUCUUCUCAAACGGCGGUUGGACGAACUACAGGGACAUCACCAACCUGGACGACAAUGUUGUCGAAGACGAUUGGGACAGGUGCUACAAUAUGAACGUCAAGUCGCAUCUGUUCCUGAUGCAUGCAUCCAAGAGUCAUCUGGAUAAGACAUCGGGCUGCUUCAUUGCCACUGCUUCGUUGGCUGGAGUGACUGUGAGCGGGAGCUCACUUGCGUACAGUAUCUCCAAGGCAGCGCAGCUACACCUCAUCAAGGGUUUGGCCAAAAGUGCUGGUCCCAACAUUCGAGUCAACAGCGUCUCGCCUGGUUUGAUGUUGACCGACUGGGCUAAGACGGUUUUCCCCGAACACGUACCCGAAGCGACGCGAGAAAGGACGCCGCUCAAGCGUUUGGUGACGGUCGAAGACGUGGCUGAGCAGGUGCUGUGCUUCGUCAGAUCCAAGAGUGUCACUGGUGCCAAUGCUGUGAUUGACGGCGGCCUGUCUCUGUGACUGCGAGGAACAUGGAUGACACGUAGUAGUGUCAAUCGUGCUACGUAGCGCGUCCAAUCCAUUAGAUCGCGUCAUAUACUCAAGUUCAGUGACCCGAACAAAUAGAUAAUUAGCGCCUGGCCAUGUUCUGGAAAAAGCAAGCAACCUCUCUGAAUCGACUCGCAAACAUUGCCCAUGUACGGCACGUAAUUGCCGUAUUGGCGGGAUUGAAAACGAUUAUCGUAGAAUAGCCUUGUUGGUGUACUGUCAGAAUGCUGCGAUAUCGCAUGCUGACAUUGUCCAUGCCAAGAUUGCGGCUUGGACC